GGGGCAUGGGCAGCGGGGCGCGCCCCGGUGGGGGGGCGGCAGGCGGGGCGGGAGGGGCGGGAGGGGGCAGGCCCGCCGGCGCUGGGCCCGCCCCUGCUUGCCCACCCAAAAUGGCUAAUAAUGGCGGGCCGAGCGGCGGGACGAUUAGCCGAAGUGCGGGUGCGUGUGGCCCGCGCCUCGGCGCAGGACCGUUGCGGAGCGGGUCGUCGCGCCCGCAAUAAGGCCGGAUCACUGGCCCACCUGAGCCACUCGGGGCCCGAACCCCCGCCCGCCACGGCUCAUCUCGCGCCCACCACCCGCACGCCGCCCCCGCGCCAGUUGACCGCCGCCACCCCCCGCGCGCACCACGCCAUGCCGCGGGCGCACUAACUCGCGUCGUCCUCGCCGCCGCCGCCACCGCCGCCGCCGCCGCCGCCACCACUGAAGUGUUGCUCAGUGGGGAGUGAGUGAGCGGCCGCCAGCAUGAACCUGCUGCACCCGGACCGCGGGGCGCUCUACGCCAACAUGCUGGGAAGCAUGGGCGGCGCCUCCGCGGCCUCGCUGCCCCAACGCUCGCCCUUCGCUAUCCAGGAGCUGCUCGGCCUGGGCUCCUCCGAGGGGCACCGCUCCCCGCCCAACCUGACGUCGGGGGGGCUGCCGCACGCCAUCACGCCCUCGGCUCUGGGCACCUCGCUGGGCACCUCCGCCUACACCGCCGCCCGAACUCUCGCCUCGCAGGCCUCGCAGCUCCUGGAGCCUCUGGGCGUGGGCGCCGGAGCGGGCAUGGGCGCGGGUAUGCGAAGCUACUUCGGCCAGUUCAACCCCUUCAACCACGCCCCGCCGCAGAUGCUGGCCCUGGACCCCGCGCUGCGCCACGACGCCCACCAGCACCACGCCCACACAGGCUUCAGCUCCGAGUCCCUGCUGGGCAAGCCUUCAGACCCCUCGGGCUUGGGGCUUUCCAGGAAGAAGAAGAAGAAGCGACGACACAGGACAAUCUUCACAUCCUACCAGCUGGAGGAGCUCGAGAAGGCCUUCAAGGACGCCCACUACCCCGAUGUGUACGCCCGAGAGAUGCUGUCCCUCAAACUAGACCUACCUGAGGACCGGAUACAGGUGUGGUUCCAGAAUCGUCGGGCGAAGUGGCGCAAGACGGAGAAGACGUGGGGCAAGAGCACCAUCAUGGCGGAGUACGGCCUGUACGGCGCCAUGGUGCGACACUCCCUGCCGCUGCCGGAGGCCAUCGUCAAGUCCGUGGAGGCGGGUGAGGAGUGUCCUGCGCCCUGGCUCCUAGGUAUGGGUCAGAGUCCAGGGAUGCACCGGAAGAGCAUGGAGGCGGCGCAGCAGCUCCAGAAGGCGGACGGUGAGAAGGACAUGGACGAGAGCACGAGCAGCCACGAGGAGAAACGGGACCUGCACACGGGGGAAGCCGGGGGUGAGGGAGGAGGCGGAGGGGCGACGGGGGGCACCACGGAGGAGGGAGGAAGAAGGGGAGAGGGUGGAGGAGGAGGAGAGAGUGGCAAAGGAGGAGAGACGGAAGAUGAAUCAGGAGGAGGAGGAGACAGAGACAGGGAAAGAGAAGUAGGAGGUAGUGGAGGAAGUAAUGGCACAAGUGGACUAGGAGGAGGAGGAGGAGGAGGAGGAAUGGAGAGAGGAGACAGAGGAGGAGGAGGGGGAGGUAGUGGUGGUGGUGGGGGUAGUGCUGGGAGGAUAAAAGGCGAGAGAGGCGGAGACAUGAGUGACAUGGACGACGGCAGCGGCGACCUGACCGACGACGAGGGGAGCAGAGACGGCGAGGCGGGCGAGGGCAAGCUGCACGCCCCCCCCAGCGACGACUUCAGGUCCAGCAGUAUCGCCGCGCUCCGACAGAAGGCCCAGGAACACAGCGCCAUGCUCCUGCAGAACAUCAACCCCCAUGACGCCCUAGCCCACCACCCCGCCGACAUGAAGGCCGCCUACAUGCACGCCCACGCCCUCCACCAGCAACAACAGCAACUACAGCAACAACAACAACAAGAGCAGCAGCCACCACAACGACAGCCCCCGCCUCUCCACGCGUUAGGGGCGGGGCUCCCUCCCACGCCCCCCCGCCCCCCACACCACCUCCACCAGGCCCUCUACUAAGAUGGCGCUAACUACAACACCCCUCCCUCUCCUUCUCGUCCUUCCCUCCACCCCUACCCCUUCCCCCCGCAGAUAUCAUCCCCCUCACCUAGAGACAUCACCCCAUUCUACAAACCUCAUCCCCUCACUUUCACCCUUCAUACAUCAAUCCCUUCCUCUCCCCCUGCCCUUUCACCCUUCCAGACAUCACCCCCCACCCUUCCCCCUACCUAUUCACCCUUCAGACAGCGCAUCCCCUUUCCCCUCCCCACCACAGCCUCUUCAGUUACCCUACCACCAUAGCCCACGCCUGCCACCCUCCCCUUCCACAGCAAAACGCCGCAGCUCCCUCCACCCUGCCACCACAGUACCACAGCCGCUACAGUCACCCAAACCACCACCGCCUCAGAUAUCCCCGACCACCACAGCUGCGAAGUCCCUCCAGUAUGACCACCACAGCCAUCAACAGCAGUUAUCUCUCCUCCACCAUUCCGCCGCCACAGCAACUUCAGCCACCCCCAACCACCACAGCAACAGAAGCUCCGAUCCCCCACCACAGACAUCGCCAGUAGACCUCCCCUUUCCACCUUCCCCCCACCCCACUAAGCCCUUCGCAAGCCCACCACACCCCAGCCACAGCAUCUUCAGCCACACCGAACCACCACAGAAACAGAAACUCUGAUCCCCCACCACAGCCAUUGCCAGUAACUUCCCCAUUCCCCAUUUCCCUUCCCCCCACAUACCGACCCCCAGCCCCCCUAAAACCCAUUUCAAGCCCUCCACACCCCAGCCACAGCAUCCUCAGCCACACCGAAGUACCACAGGAUCUAGACCUUCAAUCCCCGACCACAGCCACCACCAGCAUCCCUCCCCUUUCCCUCCCUCCCCCCAAUACCUCUUCCCCUGCCCCCCCUAAGCCCCUUUCAACGCCCCCCCCCCCUCGCCAAAGCCACAGCACCAGCAGCCUCAAGAGGGAUCUGUCGUCCUCUCCGCGUCCUCGUCUCAAUACUCUUGUCAUCAUAGUCGAAGGGAAUUGAAGUGAAAUUAAGUCAAUGGAAAUGUGUUUGAGUUUCUUGUUUUAUCCUUUAUUUGACGUCUCUUUUUUUCAUGUCUUUCUCUUCCUUGCCUUUUCUCUUUUUUUUAUAUUCAUUGCUCUUUUUUCUCUUCUUCUGGUGCGUAAGAUCUUAUUUAUUAUUCAUUUGAUUUAUUUUUUAUUUUUACAUACAUUUUUAUUUUCAUUUUUCAUAUCACUCACUUUUUUUUAUGGGGGGGGAAGGAAGGAGGAGGAGACCUUUUCUUCCUUGUCCUUUUCCUUCCUUCUGCUGCUCUCCCACAAGCUCGUCUUUGUUUAUUUGAUAUCUACAUCUACAUACAUAUUUUCCCAUUUAUCCAAUCAAUCAUUUUUUUGUUGGGGAAGGAUUCUCUUUCCCUGCCCUGUUGUACUCUUUUGCCGCCCCAUAAGUACGUAUUUAUUUAUCUGUUUGUGAUCCACUUCUACAAUAUUCUUUUUCCCAUUUGUCUAAUAAACUUCAAUUUUAUUUCCAUUUCAUUGGCCAUUCACAAUGAGGGAUACUGAAGCGGCGGAUAACGAAGAGGUUGUCCUUCCUCCUCUUACCACCUUUCUUCCUGAUCAUCUUUCUAUUCCUCUUCCUUUCCAUACUUUUAAUCUAUUCCCCCUUCUUUCCUUCAUUUCUUCCUACCCAUAAGCCACUUCCCCUCUUUUUCAUCCCCUCCAUUAUCUUCUUCAUUCCUUUCCUUUCAUCUUUCUAUUCUUCUUCAUUUCCAUACUUUUUAUCUAUUCCGCUCUCCUUUUCUUCCUCCAUUCUCCCUUCUUUCCUUCAUUUCUUCCUACCCAUAAGCCACUUUCCCUCUUUUUAACCCCAUCCUUUUUUUCUUCAUUCCUUCCUUUCAUCUUUCUUCUUCAUUUCCAUACUUUUAAUCCAUCCCGCUCUCCUCUUCUUCCUCCAUUCUCCUUUCUUCCCUUCUUUUCUUCCUACCCAAAAGCCACUUUCUCUCUUUUUCUUCCCAUCCCUUUUUUUUCUUCAUUCCUAACCCAUAAGCCUCUUCACUCACUCCCUUUCCUCCUCCUCCCUCUCCCCCCCCCCCUUCUCCUGAGCUUCGUAAUACUCCAGUAAUAUUUCUCGGCCUUCCAAAUAGAUCGAUAUACUCCAUUAAUUAGAGAGUUUGUUGAUCGAAAGUCCUCCAAGGUGCAGUUGUUAUUAUUAUUAUUAUUUUUAUUUUUAUUUUUUCAUCCUUGUCAAAAAAAGAAAAAGAAAUAGAACACACUUAUAUCUCCCUCCUCCCUCCUUAUUACUCUUUUUCUUCUUCUUCUUCUUCGUGUUGCUCCUCCUCCUCCUCCUCUGACGUCAUAGAGUAAACAACCACAUCCGCCAUAAUGGAAAAGGAGUUUGUUUCCAUUGUUUGCAUCCAUUAAUUUAGCAGCUUUUUGUUGGCAUUUAAAUUACCUUUUUUUUGUGUACCGUCAUGUUGCACUGCGGGGGAGGAGGGGGGAGGGGGAGGGGGGCG